AUGGCUACACUGCUCAUCGCCUUCGACGACUUUCCCGAAGACGUGAGGGUAUUGAAAGAGCCCUCAUCGGCCAUUGGCCCAAACACAGUUCUGUCUACCGACGUCGUCAUCGUUGGCGGAGGCAAUGCGGGAUUGAUCCAGGCUGCUCGUCUGAAAGCACUCAAUGUGGACUUUGUCGUCAUCGAGAAGAAUCCGCAAACUGGCGACAACUGGGCGAAACGAUACGACUGCAUGCGAUUUCACAUCGGCAAGAAUUACUGCCAGAUGCCAUAUCUCCCCUAUCCGGAGGAGGCAGAGUACGAGCUACCUCGAGACGAGCUUCAGCGGCAUAUUCAGCGCUUCGCGCGAGAGUUUGAUCUAGGACCGCGAGUGCUCAACAGCUCCACGGUCAAAGCAACAAGCUUUGACGAGAAGGCCCAAACUUGGAAGCUCAACUUGAUUGUCGAGGGGGUUGAGAAGUCAAUCACCUGCAGAGCACUGAUCAUUGCCACCGGGUCAGGGUUCAGCACGCCAUACAUUCCCGAUGUUGCCGAUCGAGGAGCGUUUAAGGGGCCGAGUCUGCACUCCUCAUCCUUUCGGAGCGGCAAGGAGCUCGUACGACACGGAGCCAAGUCUGUCAUCGUCAUUGGGUCUGCCAACUCGGCCUUUGACGUGUUGGAGGAUUGCCACAACGCGGGCUUGACAGUCCAGAUGAUCCAGCGAUCUCCAACAUACGUUAUUCCAAUGAGAUACUACGCUCAUCCUCAGGGUUUGGGGAUUUUCGACGUGGUUUCAACUGAGGUCGCGGAUGCCAUGAUUAACAUGGGCCCAGUUGCCAUCGUUGGUCAGCUGCCCGGGCUGGUCCACGCUGCGAUGGCGGCCGAAGAGCCCAAGCUGAAUGACGCCGGGUUCAGAGCGGUAGAUUCCAAGAAGGAGGACCUCAUCGACCAUCUACACAGCCGCGCAGGUGGCUUCGUUGUCGACAUGGGCACAGGUGGCGUUGAUCUCAUCGUACGCGGGACGGCCAAGGUUCGAUCUGGAGUCACGCCUGUAUCCUAUACAUCAACCGGAUUGAGGCUCAGCGAUGGGACACUGAUGGAGGGUGACUCGCUAGUUUGGUGCACGGGAUUCGAGACUGAUACGCGCAAAGAGCUUGUGGCGGUUCUGGGCGAAGGAGCUGACGUAGUGGCAAGCAAGAUGGAUGCCAUGCUAGGUGUUGAUGGUGAAGGCGAGCUGAGAGGGUUGUGGAAACGACACGGUGGGGUUGAUGGACUUUGGGUUCUGUCAGGGGGCGCUGGUCAACACCGUUGGUACUCAAAUGUGGUUGGCUUGCAGGUGAAGGGUUGGCUCGAGGGCAUUUUGCCUGAUGCAUAUCGCAACACGUUUGAGAGAUCGCAUCAGGCAAACAAGCCGAGCAUGUGA